AUGCACACGACGCAGAAGGACACCACCUACACCAAGAUCUUCGUCGGGGGCUUGCCCUACCACACCACCGACUCCAGCCUGCGCAAGUACUUCGAGGUCUUCGGGGACAUCGAG